AUGGCCGGAGCCCCCGCUCUGGCCCUGCUCCUGCUUGGGCAGCUGCUGGCCGCCACCGUGACCGUGACCAGGGCGCAGAAAGUGGGACCUCGAGGCCCCCCCGGCCCCCGAGGACCACCUGGGAAGCCAGGCACCGACGGCAUUGAUGGAGAAGUUGGUCCUCCAGGGCUGCCUGGGCCCUUGGGACCGAAAGGGGCCCCGGGGAAGCCGGGGAAACCAGGAGAAGCCGGGAUGCCGGGACUGCCUGGUGUGGAUGGUCUGACCGGGCAGGAUGGACCCCCUGGACCCAAGGGCGCCCCCGGAGAACGGGGAAGUCUGGGGCCCCCGGGGCCCCCUGGGCUGGGGGGCAAAGGCCUCCCUGGAUCCCCCGGAGAGGCAGGGGUGAGCGGCGUCCCAGGCGGAAUUGGCCUCCGGGGCCCCCCGGGACCCUCUGGACUUCCAGGCCUCCCAGGCCCCCCGGGACCUCCCGGCCCUGCUGGUCGCCCAGGGGUCCUUCCCGAAGGCGCUACUGACCUUCAGUGCCCGGCCAUCUGCCCACCAGGCCCACCGGGGCCCCCNGGAAUGCCAGGGUUCAAGGGACCCACCGGCUACAAAGGGGAGCAGGGAGAAGUCGGCAAGGACGGCGAGAAGGGUGACCCCGGCCCCCCUGGGCCCCCUGGCAUCCCAGGCACUGUGGGGCUGCAGGGUCCACGGGGCCUACGAGGAUUUCCAGGGCCACUCGGACCCCCCGGGGACCGGGGUCCCAUCGGAUUCCGAGGGCCCCCCGGGAUCCCAGGAGCCCCUGGGAAAGUGGGUGACAGAGGCGAGAGGGGCCCAGAGGGGUUGCGCGGCCCCAAGGGCGACCUCGGCAGGCCUGGUCCUAAAGGCAUCCCUGGCAUGUCCGGGCUGAUCGGAGAGCCGGGCAUGCCAGGCAAGGAUGGCCGGGACGGUGUGCUGGGACUCGAUGGUGAGAAGGGAGAAGCUGGUCGCAAUGGUGCCCCAGGAGAGAAGGGUCCCAAUGGGCUGCCGGGUCUCCCUGGACGAGCAGGGUCCAAGGGUGAGAAAGGAGAACCGGGCAGAGCUGGAGAGCUGGGCGAGGCUGGCCCCUCAGGAGAGCCCGGUGUCCCCGGAGACGCUGGUGUGUCCGGGGAGCGUGGCGAGGCUGGCCACAGGGGCUCAGCGGGGGCUCUGGGCCCGCAAGGCCCCCCCGGAGCUCCUGGUGUCCGUGGUUUCCAGGGCCGGAAGGGCAGCAUGGGAGACCCCGGCCUGCCCGGCCCCCAAGGCCUCCGAGGCGGCAUGGGCGACCGGGGCUCGGGAGGAGCUGCAGGCCCAAAGGGCGACCAGGGCAUCGCGGGCGCCGAUGGCCUUCCUGGGGAUAAAGGGGAACUGGGUCCCAGUGGCCCUGUCGGACCCAAAGGAGAGUCCGGCAGUCGAGGGGAGCUGGGUCCCAAGGGCAUCCAAGGCCCCAAUGGCACCAGCGGCAUAGAUGGCGUCCCGGGCCACCCUGGCCCCAUGGGCCUCCAGGGCGUGCGAGGCGUGCCUGGCAUCACUGGGAAACCUGGGGUCCCGGGCAAAGAAGCCAGCGAGCAGCACAUCAGAGAGCUGUGUGUGGGGAUGGUCAGCGAGCAAAUCGCACAGCUAGCCGCGCACUUGAGGAAGCCCUUAGCACCAGGGUCCGUCGGUCGGCCGGGUCCCGCUGGCCCCCCCGGCCCACCGGGGCCCCCAGGCUCCAUCGGUCACCCCGGGGCUCGAGGGCCCCCUGGAUACCGCGGUCCCACCGGGGAGCUGGGAGACCCCGGACCCAGAGGAAACCAGGGGGACAGAGGAGACAAAGGCUCAGCUGGCGAGGGCCUGGACGGGCCUGACGGAGACCAAGGGCUCCAAGGACCACAAGGCGUGCCCGGUGUUGGCAAAGACGGCCGCGACGGUGCCCACGGAGAGCCUGGGCUCCCUGGCGAUCCUGGCCUUCCCGGUGCUGUUGGCGCUCAGGGGACCCCCGGCAUUUGCGACACCUCCGCCUGCCAAGGAGCCGUGAUGGGAGGGGGCGGGGAAAAGUCAGGUCCCAGGAGCUCCUAA